UCUCUCUCUCUCUCUCCCCCCCCCCCUCUCUCUCUCUCUCUUCCUCUUCAUCCAUCCAUCCAUCCAUCAAUGGCCGCGGCCUUUUGAUCUCCGGUCAACUCGGCGAUCGGGACCCCCUCAGAUGACUCGCCGCCGCUCCGGCCAAUCGCCGCCGCCACCGACCCCCUCCGAAUCCCGCCGCCGCCGCCGCCCCUCCUCCUCCUCCUCCUCCUCCCCCUCCCCCCUCCUCCCGCACCCGCCGCGAGGCCUUCCGAUUGGCGGAGGCGACAUGCGAAUACGCCCCGCCCUCUAGGGUUCCCCCCGCCGUCCUCCGCCGGCGCCGAAUGCUGCUGAUCUGCCGCGCCCUCGCAUUGGGAAGCUGAAUCGCCGGCUCGAUCGAGUUGCCCCCCCCCUGCGGUUGGUGAGCGCCUUUAGGGUUUGAGGCCUCUAGGGGAGAUGUUAAAGAAGAUCAUCAAGGGAGGGAACCGGAAGCCCUCGAAAUCGGACCCCAACGAUGCCGGCUUGUACGGCUACAGCCAGGCCGCGAAUCGGAAUUCCGUCUCCGCGUCCAACGUGGUGGUGAACCAUGCCUCCAGGGCGUCGCCGCUCGCGAGCUCGCAGCCCGGCGGGCCCGCGGCCGCGAUCUCGGUCGUCCCGCCGUCCGGGACGGUGGAGGCCCUGCCGCCCUUCCGCGACGUGCCCGUCUCCGAGCGCCAAACCCUGUUCCUGAGGAAAUUGCACGUGUGCUGCUUCCAGUUGGAUUUUUCGGAUACGCUGAAGUCGGUACGAGAGAAGGAAAUCAAGAGACAGACGUUAGUGGAGCUCGUCGAUUACAUACAGUCCGGUUCGGGUAAAAUCACUGAGCAUUGCCAAGAGGAAAUGAUAAAGAUGAUCUCGGUGAACAUUUUCCGGUGCUUGCCGCCGGCCUCCCACGAGAACACCGGUCAGGAAAAUGCGGACCCGGAAGAGGAGGAGCCCUAUUUGGAGCCAUCAUGGCCUCAUUUACAGCUUGUUUACGAACUGCUGUUGAGGUAUGUCGUCUCGUCUGAUACCGAUACGAAGGUUGCCAAGCGCUACAUCGAUCAUUCCUUCGUGUUGAAGCUGCUAGAUUUGUUUGAUUCGGAGGAUCCUCGAGAGCGUGAGUAUUUAAAGACGAUCCUCCACCGGAUUUAUGGGAAAUUCAUGGUGCACCGCCCAUUUAUUAGGAAGGCAAUCAACAAUAUCUUUUAUAGGUUCAUUUAUGAGACAGAGAGGCACAGUGGGAUAGGUGAGCUUCUGGAGAUUCUUGGUAGCAUAAUUAAUGGGUUUGCUUUGCCAAUGAAGGAGGAGCAUAAGUUGUUUCUUGUUAGGGCUCUCAUACCCUUGCAUAAGCCGAAACCGAUUACGGUUUAUCAUCAGCAGUUGUCGUAUUGCAUUACUCAGUUUGUGGAGAAAGAUUAUAAGCUGGCAGAUACAGUUAUAAGGGGUUUGCUGAAGUACUGGCCCUUGACCAACUGCCAAAAGGAGGUUCUCUUCCUUGGAGAAUUGGAAGAAGUGCUGGAGGGAACCCAACCCGCUGAAUUCCAACGGUGUAUGGUUCCACUGUUCAGGCAGAUUGCUCGGUGCCUCAAUAGCUCUCAUUUCCAGGUUGCGGAGCGAGCCCUCUUUUUAUGGAACAACGAGCAUAUAGUGAGCUUAAUCGCCCAGAAUCGUAAGGUGAUAUUACCCAUAAUAUUUGAGGCAUUGGAAAGGAACAUCCAAAGCCAUUGGAAUCAGGCAGUUCACGGUCUUACUGUGAACGUCCGGAAAAUGUUCUUGGAAAUGGACGUUGAGUUGUUUGAGGAGUGCCAAAGUCAGUACGCAGAGAAAGAGGCAAAGGCCAGAGAAGUAGAAGAGCAGCGGGCCUUGACGUGGAAGAAACUGGCGGAUGUUGCAGCGCAAAAAGGGGAUGAGGAUAUGGUUACGGUUUGAGCAAAAUCACUCAAGGCGGGAGUGAUGACGCUGCUAAAAUAUGAAGACGGACAAGAUGUUGGAUCUGUUCCUCUUCAUUUUGGGCUAUUCUUUUUCAUCUGUUCUUCCCUUUUGAUUUUUCUCUCCUUUUUUGGUUUAUUGAAAAUAUCCAGUUAUAGUAGAGGCAAGCUCGAUAAAUCUAAUCAUAUUAAAUAUAAUGCAGAUUAAGAAUGAUCUGUGAAGUGUCAUUUGUAGCUCUUUUUUCAUAUGUUGUAAUUUUUCCGGCCAUUCAAGUGAGAACGACUUAAGUUUCCUUCGACUUAA